UGUUGGAUGGGUCAUUCAUUUCAUUGGAUAUGGUAUCGCGAACUGUGUUGUUCUGGUUUGAACUGAAAUGAUAGGAGCCAUCUCUAGUUGCGGUGCGAAACCAUUUCCCGUUCGAGGACUACCGAGGACGUAGACAGACUCCAGAGCGUUUUCUACACCUUUUGCUGUACCUUGGUGUGUGUGCGUGUGUGCGUUGCAUCCGAGACUGGAACCUCCUAACACGAAACCCGGCAUGCUGCAAACUCGUCAUAAUAGCAUUUCGGCCGCACGAAAGUACAGCAAUGGGACAAAGCCUUUUCCCAUACGAGGUGACAGGACCAAUUAUGUCAAUGUCCCUCACGUCAUUGCUAUGGUGGGUCUCCCAGCCAGGGGCAAAACGUACAUUGCGAAGAAACUGACCCGCUACCUCAACUGGAUCGGGAUUAACACGAGAGUUUUCAAUGUCGGAGAGUACCGUCGACAAGCCACCGAGGCGUACAAGAGCCACGAUUUCUUCAGGGCGGACAAUGCCCAAGCUAUGGCUAUUAGGAGUAAGUGUGCCUUGGAUGCACUCGAAGACAUGUGCAAGUGGCUGGAAAAUUACGGAGAAGUUGCGGUAUAUGAUGCCACAAAUACAACGUACGAACGACGGAGGCUCAUCUACAAUGUUGUCUGCGAGAGGUUUGGGUUCAAGCUGUUCUUCGUCGAGUCAUACUGUGAUGACCCCAAGAUAAUUGAAGCGAACAUUCGUGAGGUGAAGGUAAACAGUCCAGAUUACAAAGACAUGAACAAAGAUGAUGCCCUCCUUGAUUUCGUUCACCGCAUCGAGCAUUACAAAGCGUGCUACCAGCCUCUCGAUGAGGUCCAAGAGAAACAGUACUCCUUCAUGAAGAUCUUCAACACUGGUCAGAAGGUUGUGGUUCACCGACACGAAGGUCAUAUCCAGAGCCGCGUUGUCUACUAUCUCAUGAACAUUCACAUAAUGCCGCGUUCCAUUUACCUGACCAGGCAUGGUGAAAGCAUAUUGAACCUUCAAGGCAGGAUUGGUGGUGAUGCCGAUCUCUCCGAACGUGGACGUGAGUAUGCAGUAGCCUUGGCAAAGUUCAUCAAGAACCAGAACAUCCCACGGUUAAGAGUGUGGACUAGUCAACUGAACCGUACCAUCCAGACAGCAGCAGGCAUUGAUGCUCCACAAGAGAGGUGGAAGGCUCUUAACGAAAUCGAUGCUGGAAUAUGCGAAGAGAUGACCUACGAAGAAAUUCAACAGAAGUUUCCCGAAGAGUUUGCCGCUAGAGACCAGGAUAAAUUUCACUAUCGCUACCCAAGAGGGGAGUCUUACGAAGACCUUGUUGCCAGGCUCGAGCCAGUGAUCAUGGAGCUGGAACGGCAGGAAAAUGUGCUAGUGGUGGCUCAUCAAGCCGUUCUGCGUUGCCUGCUUGCCUAUUUCCUGGACAAUAAUUCUGAGGAACUGCCCUACUUGCGUGUCCCCCUUCACAACAUAGUGAAGCUGACCCCCAUGGCUUACGGAUGCGAAGUGGAGAAGUUCGACGUCCCCAUCGCUGCUGUGGACACCCACAGGGAGAAGCCCGCCGUAAGUAAAGUUGACGAGCUGGCGAGCCAGGUCAACGACAUGACCGUCUCUCUUAACGAUAGCAACGGUGUCGAAAUUACUGUGAAUGGAAUCUAGCCAUCCAGAUACAGAAAAUAUCUGUAGCUGUACAGAGGCAAAAAGACGGUGACCUUGUUCCCUGCAAGUUUAAUAUCUUACGUUAGAAGCCUUAUUUAGCCAUAUGUACAGGAGAUGCUCGCUUUUAUUUUAGCUUACUUCGCCUAAUACCCGUGAAGCAAAAUGUGUCCCCCCUGCAACUCGUGUGACUCCCCAUUACAGCUGUGGUUACAUCUGGUUUCUUUUGCACGGGUUCAGGUUAGUUGUAACAUCGAUGCCACAACGUACGUGGUGAAGCAUGGGCAUUUUUGUUAGAUACUUGCACACAUACUCGAGGGCAUUGUACCUGAGGUAGUUGCACUUAAGAUCUGUUUAUGUAGUUUUGUUAUUUGAAUGUCCCCUGUUAUACCUUAAAACUUACAAAGAGAGAGAGAAAUUACUUCCCACAAAUAUGAUACCAUAACGCAACGAAAGUUCUGGAUACCUUAAUGGGGCUCGUUAUGGCAUAGUACAUGUCCCUGGUCGUUCUGCCUUUCACGUUGGUCCUGAUUACAUGCGUAUAUCAACUACUGCUUCAGCAAACGGGACAGCUCCCAGUAUAAGGAACUUCAAUGAUGUGACAGUCGCCCAAAAUUUUAUUUUCCUAUUUUUGUGUGUUUUACGCAAACGCUGAGCACCUCUCACUUGUGCUACCUGUAGUAGUGGCAAUAUUCUUAGUGGCAGACGAAGCAUGCCAGAUGCUUUGGGCUGUGGCUUGCAUUCUUGGUGCAUGCUGACCUCCAAGAUACCAAGGCAUGCGCUACUGUGUCCCUAUCAUGCUGUAGAUGGGCUAUGCACUUUGUUGAUGCAUUGCACUGUAUAAUGUGCAAUGGCAGUAUUAUAGUAUGCAAUAUAUGCUUGUUGCUUUGCAUUGUGGUUCUUUCUGAUGCCACUGAUAUAGUUCUGAUGGUCAUUCUCAGUGAACACCAUCAAGUUGAACACUCAAAUAUGCAUUUAUUACUCUGUUUGUAUAUGUACAUAUACGCUCUUAUUGGCUUUGCAUCUCCAGCUAACGUGAUGAGAGAAGUGACGACUCAAUGACUGUAAUAUGUCCGUGAAUACUUGUUGCAUGUGAAAUGUUGCAGGAGUAUAUCAUGAAUUAGUCGCUCUUUCAUAUCACUGAGACGGACUAAAUGUUGUAGCCAGUCACGUGCAACAUUUUCAAUACCAUUCCAAAGGCACAUGGAAUCGUCUUGUGUCUCCUAACUCAAAGUGAUGAUUACUCAUAGCUUUCUUUCUCAUAUAACUUGAGGAUUUUUAUACAGACAUGUGUGGGUUGUAUCUUUGAGAAAAAAAAAAAAAAAAGAAAACUUGAUAUUUUAUAUUUUUAUUUUAUAUCAACUGAAAUAAAUAAUUUAGGAUAUUUAAUGGUUGUACCCCUGCUCAUUUUGCACUGUACCAUGAAGGUGGAUAGGAACUUCUUCCUUUCAAUGUCGGAAUGGUGACACUGCACUUUUUCACCCAGCCCGUUAAGAGAGAGAGAAUACUUUCCAGUAUACCUUCAUUGGGUGUCAAAAGUGCAUUUCAGUUUGAUGGCUUAAGAAAUGCAACAUGAGGUUUCAGCAGGAAGUAAGCAGCAGUUGUCUGCUUCUAUAAGCUGCACUCCAUUGCUUCCUGUCGUGUUCCUGCUCGAUGUGACGUGUGUCUGUAUGUUAGCAAGAAAAUUGUUUGUAGUCCGUGCAUAGUAAAAAUCUGAAGCAGUGUGGAAAAUAUAGCACACAGCUUUCUUUCCGAACCCAUUUUAUUACCUGGCUUUCAUUCAAAUUGUUUAACCUAACUUAAAUUUGAACUUACUUAAAAGUCUAUUUCUGAUUUUGGACAAAAUAAAAUGAUCAAUGAUUGAUAACGUCAUAUUUUGUAGCACGAUAUGUUUGGUGUUAGAAAAUUCAGGUGCGCAUUUAUGCUUGUAUGGUUCACAAUGCAGGAAUGCACAGAUGGGCGAAUAUAACUGGUUCAUGAGUGUCACAGCAUGCAACUGACGUAAGGUGUCAUUUGAAAAGCACCUGAAGACUGUGAUUGACAUAUGGUCAGUGUGCUUGUAAUAACGAUAUUGCAUCGGGCUUUAUGCUCAGUACAUCUGAAUAAAGGUCUAUGUACGGAACUGUCAA